AUGCCGCCUGCUCUCGUUCUCGGGCUGUCGCUUACGAUGGCCGCCGCUAUACCUGUUGCGUUGUCUGUGCUCCGGCCGAUCUCUGUGAAGGAUACGACUGCGUUCCUCAAACGCACUGAGAAUAUUCUGUUGGCGGUUCUGGGGGUUAUGAUUGUCAUCAAUGAGAUACUGGAGAGUGUUAAGAGGGCCUUGAUGAUCGCUGUGGAUAUCUUUGAUAUCGCCAAGAGACUGUUCCAGAGUCUCCAAGUCCUCGUUGCCUGGGGUCGAUGGACCCAAUGGGCUGAUACUCUUUGGCAGGUUCUCGUUACCUGGGGUCAAUGGUCCCAAUGGGCUAAUACUCUUUGGCGCCUAUGGCGUAUAUGGAAGGAUAACUAA